AUGCCUGCGGCAGACACGGUUGUGAGACAUGGAUCUACUCGACAGGCAAAGGCACUGCUGGCGACUGCUGUCGUGGUCGUCGAGGACAACAGUGGACAUCGUUAUGCAGCUCGCGCUCUUUUAGACUCUGGAUCGGAGAGCAACUUUAUGACUGAAACACUCAGUCAACGGAUGAAGGUCAGACGCAGAAAGGUAGAUGUCAAGAUUCAUGGGAUAGGUCAGGCAGUUACCAAGGUUAGGCAGCAGAUUGAGGCCACCGUUCGAUCGAGGCUGACGGAAUUCUCUCAGCGCAUGAGUUUCCUCGUUCUACCUAAGGUAACCGUCAACCUACCGACUUUAUCUAUCAACAUCGAGGAGUGGAACGUACCAGAUGGAAUCGAAUUGGCCGAUCCAUCAUUCAAAGUGUCCAUGGGUGUGGACAUGGUUCUGGGAAUUGAAUCAUUUUUCAAUUUCUCAAAAAGAGGGCGGCAGAUUUCGUUAGGAGAUCGACUGCCGGCCCUUGAUGAGUCCGUUUUUGGUUGGGUCGUUUGUGGAGGAGCAUCAGUUUGUUCGCACGGUCGGUUUGUUCGCACGGUCCGACGUGGGGAGGACGGCCGUUAUACCGUUUCAUUGCCUAAAGAUGAAGACAUUUGGGGUCGAAUUGGCGAGUCACGGGGCAUUGCAGUUCGCCGUCUUCAAAGCAUGGAGCGCAGGUUAGCGAAGGAUGCAGAGCUCUGUGGCCAAUACCGCUUUUUCAUGGAGGAGUAUCUUCAACUCGGCCACAUGACCAAGGUCGAGAUAGCUCAAAUUCAACGCUGCUAUCUACCACACCACCCGGUAGUUAAGCAAACCAGUACUACUACCAAGGUUCGAGUUGUGUUCAAUGCUUCAAGCGAAACGUCAACCAGGGUGACAUUGAAUGAUGCAUUGCUAGUGGGACCCAUCGUCUUGUAUGAUCUACGAUCGAUCAUCAUGCGGAGUCAGACAAAACAGGUGAUGCUUGUGGCGGACGUCGAAAAACUGUUUCGACAAGUCCUGGUUUGUUGGGAAGACAGACCCUUGCAAUCCAUUUUGUAG